GGUUUAGGGUUUGAUGGGCGGCCGCGGGGCUAUGGCGCAGCUCUGAUCAGCUCAAUUCCUCCGCGAAAUCGCUGGAUUCUCGUCGCCGCUGGAGCUGGAGUCGAUCGAUAGGUAGACGGGUUUUUUCUUCCUCGUGUUUUUUCCCCUCAUCUGGGGAGAGAGGAGAGUGGAAAUCAGGAGCUACUGUAGCGCGAUUAACCGGGAGAGAGACUCUUCUUUGUCUUUUGGAAGGGGCCAGUUGACCAGUCCGAGUGAGAAUUUGUGAUGUCGUUUUGGGUAGCUAGAGUUUGAGCUUCGAUUGGACUAGGGGUUGUAGCUAUGGCGUCUUUGGUCGAUAAGGCGACGAGCGACAUGCUCAUAGGACCCGAUUGGGCCAUGAACAUGGAGAUAUGUGAUAUCCUCAACCACGAUCCUGGGCAGGCCAAGGACGUUGUCAAGGCGAUCAAGAAGCGUUUGGGAAAUCGCAGCCCCAAAGUCCAGCUUCUAGCAUUAACAGUGCUGGAGACCAUUGUGAAAAACUGUGGCGUGGCAGUCCACCAACAAGUAGCUGAAAAGGAUGUUUUGCACGAAAUGGUGAAGAUCGUCAAGAGAAAGACGGAUAUGCAUGUAAGGGACAAAAUUCUUGUGUUGUUGAGCUCAUGGCAAGAGGCAUUCGGAGGCUCGCGGGGAAGAUAUCCACAAUACUAUAUGGCUUUUGAAGAGCUGAGGAGGAUGGGUGUUGAAUUUCCCGAUCGUCCUGCCGAACGAGAUGCACCAAUUUUUACUCCGCCUCAAACGCAUCCUGUUCAGCCGUCACCAGGCUAUGGCUCGCCUGCUCAUAUGCCUGCAAGACUCGAAUCACUGAUGAACAACGACAUGCCUGGUCUCAGCUUGACUGAUAUUGACACCGCUCGUGGAAGAGUGGAGGUUCUAUUGGAGAUGCUAAAUGCUGUCAACCCUCGUGACAAGCAGGCUGUUAAGGAUGAGCUCAUAGUGGAGCUGGUGGAGCAGUGCCGCUCGACGCAGCAACGGGUUAUGCAUCUUGUGAAUAAUACAUCUGACGAAGAAUUACUCCGUCAAGGAUUGGGACUAAAUGACGAUUUACAAAAGGUCUUGGAAAAGCACGAUGCUAUUGCAGCAGGGAAGGCCUUACCCAAGGAGCCACUUCCGUCUUCGGUGGUGGGGGCGUCUCAAAACAAAACUCCAGUUAAACAAGAACCUGAAGAUGAUUUUGCUCAGUUAUCUCGCAGAUCAUCCAAGCCUGCUCAACCGACCGAACCAAGUGAUCCUUUCGUGCAACUCGCGCUGCCCGCUCCGCCAACACCGAAGAAAGAGCCAAGUACCCCGCAAAAGGCAGCAGACCUUAUAGACCUUCUCAGUGGAGAAAACCUGGUGGGGAGUUCUUCGGCAGCUCCUGCUACUCCCGCUGCGCCUCCGUCCGUUUUACAAUCAGGCUCUCCCGUAUCGCAACCCGAUCUUUCGGCCGGAAAUCCGUUUGGUCCGGCAUUUCACGCGACACAGCAGCCGCAGACUCAACCGUCCUUUUCUCAAGCGCAACAGAUUCCAAACGGGACAUCUUUCGCCAGUCAGCCGCCGAGCUCGGGGUCAUACUCGAGUCCUCCUCAAUACAGCUCUAUGCAGCAGCAGCAGCAGCAGCAGCAGCAGCAGUUUGCCAAUGGUGGUGGAAGUUCUUCGCAGGGAUUUGCAUUUCCCCAGUAUCAACAGGCUGGGGGAGGAGCACCAGCUUACAACAACAAUCCGAGCAGUCCCUACGGCACGACCAACAGUGGCUACAACGCGACGAGCAGUCCUUACAACUCGACCAACCCCAACAGUGGCUACACCGCGACGAGCGGUGCUUACAACCCGGGCAGCAACGACGCGAGCAGUCCCCAGAGUUACGUUGCCCCCUGGGCUCUCCCAAAGGAACAGCUGAGCCCCCAGCAGCAAGCUCUCAUCUAUGGUGGCGUCCAAGGCUCGCAAGCGCCGUCGCAGCCAACUCCAGCUCCCUGGGUGUCCCAGCAGCAAAUGCAAUUGUAUAACUCCGGUGGCUCCGGUGGUGGUGGUGGCUACUAUGGUGGAUCCUCGGGUUACAGUCCUUACACUCAGCAGUAUCCUUACGCGGACCAGUAUAACUAUCAGUAUGGAGCGAGUUCAUACUACCAAAACGGCAUGGCCUACUCGCAGCAGCAGCAGCCAGGUAUGAAUUUCAAUCACCUAGCUCUCGUUCCGGCGGGCUCGUCGAGCUCGACUGGGAGUCCAUCGCCAGGAACAACAGGGAGUGGAACUUCCAAGCCAUCCAAUCCGGCGGACAAGCUGUUUGAGGACCUGGUCGAUUUGCAAGGCCUGAGCUCCAAGUUUAAGUCGGCGGGGAUCUCGAGCAGCCUCUCGAGGCCGAGCAAAACUACGCUAUAGAAACAGAUUCUUUCCUUCUUUUCGCUGGGCAGGGAUCGGACGGCGGGGAACUGAUCGAGGAUAGAUAGCUUUUGUUUGAUGGUUGAUUCACAUUUAUAUUUGUACAUAUAUAUAUUUUGGGAGAAAUAAUGAAUAAUCCAACGGCUAUGAUUGAA